CCCCGGUGUUACCUUGACAUGCGCAACUAGGUAUUUUACAGCAAAAAGGUCACACCUAAAUUGUCAAAUUGCAAGUUAUUUUAGUGUUUAUAAAUAUGGAUAGUAAUGAGUCAGGAACAACAGAUAGGAGCUCUACACAGCAGUCGCUUGCUUUGCGGCGGGAAUUGCGCAGAAAGAAAAUAUUGGAGGCCUCCAAGGCACGACUGGACAAAUUGAAUGGCAUAGCGUCGUCGGCGUUUCAGAAUGAAAACCUCGAUGGGGAACCCACCAAUACGCAAUAUUCCGAUCCAGAGGUGGAGCCCGAUAUUGCAAUAAGGCGUUCAUUUUUGCCAGAACAACCUGCACCGCCGAAAAUCACGACACGAAAUGCAUGGCUAAAAAGCAGAAUUCAUAUAAUAUUGGCGGCUUGCUUUGGAUUCCUAUUGGGUCUUUAUACAAACAGCAGUGUUUUCAUUCCUGUUCUGAUUUUUGUAAUUGCGGAGCUCGCAUUUUUGCAAUAUUAUAAAGAAGACCAUUUACCGGCCAGCGUGGGACCCAUGUUACUUAUGUUAUUUAAUCCGAAUAUUACCAGCAAAAUUAAGCAGUUUAGCAGAAUAUUCUUUAUUCUUCAGUCAUUGUUGUGUGAUCUUGCUAUAACCGUCUGUGUGGUUUGUUCAGGAAGCAUGCUAUUACUAAAUUUUAGCUCCGAUUUUGCUACAAUUGUUAAAUAAAGAUUAUUUUUUAUUACAUA